AUGUUAAGAGCACUCUCUCUUAGACGCUCCCUUCUCCACCUCCACCACCACCACCAUCCUAAACCCUUCUCCCCCAUCACCACACCACCACCAAAACCCCCACUAAACCCAUCUCGCAAAUUCUGCACAUCUCCCACUCCAACACCAUCAACAAACUCUGAAGUCCGCAAAUACAUAGGCUACACAGUCCUCGUUAUUUUCUGUGGUGCUGCCACUUACUACUCUUUCCCAUUUCCUAACAACGCAAAACACAAAAAAGCUCAAUUUUUCAGGUAUGCUCCGUUACCUGAAGACCUCCACACAGUCUCUAACUGGAGUGGAACCCAUGAGGUCCAAACCCGGAACUUUUACCAACCAGAAAAUAUUGAAGAGUUGGAGAAGUUGGUGAAAGAGAAUAAUGAAAAGAAGGCUAGGAUCCGACCUGUAGGGUCCGGGUUGUCUCCCAAUGGGAUCGGGUUGGCUCGGUCUGGGAUGGUGAACUUGGCUCUUGUGGAUAAGGUUUUAGAGGUGGAUAAGGAAAAAAGGAGAGUUAGAGUUGAAGCUGGCAUAAGGGUUCAAGAAUUGGUUGAUGGGAUUAAAGAAUAUGGGAUUACUUUGCAGAAUUUUGCUUCUAUUAGAGAACAGCAGAUUGGUGGCAUUGUUCAGGUUGGUGCACAUGGUACUGGUGCAAGAUUGCCACCGAUUGAUGAGCAGGUGAUCAGCUUUAAACUGGUUACUCCUGCCAAAGGAACUAUAGAGAUUUCGAAAGAGAAAGAUCCAGAGCUGUUUUAUCUUGCUCGUGUUGGUCUUGGAGGACUUGGAGUGGUUGCUGAAGUUACUUUACAAUGUGUGGAGAGACAAGAGCUUGUGGAACACACGUUUGUCUCAAACAUGAAAGAUAUUAAAAAAAACCACAAGAAAUUACUAUCUGAGAAUAAGCAUGUGAAAUACCUGCAUAUUCCAUAUACAGACACCAUUGUGGUUGUGACGUGCAACCCUGUCUCAAAAUGGAAAGGUCCACCCAAAUACAAACCCAAGUAUACUGUAGACGAAGCCCUACAACAUGUUCGUGACCUUUACAAGGAGUCCCUUGAAAAGUACAGGAUUGCUGCUGCUAAACCAUCUGAUGACAAUGAACCAGACAUGUUUGAGCUUUCAUUCACAGAUUUAAGAGAUAAACUGCUUGCUCUUGAUCCUCUCAACAAAGACCAUGUUGUAAAGGUCAAUUGUGCUGAGGCUGAGUUCUGGAGGAAGUCAGAAGGAUAUAGGGUUGGAUGGAGUGAUGAAAUUUUGGGCUUUGAUUGUGGUGGCCAACAAUGGGUCUCUGAAACUUGUUUUCCUGCUGGUACUCUUGCCAGGCCAAGCAUGAAAGACCUUGAAUUCAUGGAGGAGUUGAAGCAGCUCAUAGAGAAAGAAGAGAUACCUGCACCAGCUCCCAUAGAGCAGCGAUGGACAGCUCGCAGCCAGAGCUCCAUGAGCCCAGCUUCAAGCUCAGCAGAGGAUGAUAUAUUCUCAUGGGUUGGUAUAAUCAUGUAUCUUCCUACAAUGGAUGCUCGCCAGAGAAAGGAAAUCACAGAUGAGUUCUUCCACUACAGGCAUCUGACUCAGGUGGAGUUGUGGGAUAAGUAUUCCGCUUAUGAACAUUGGGCUAAAAUUGAGGUUCCAAAGGACAAGGAUGAGCUUGCAGCUCUUCAAGCAAGGUUAAGAAAGCGCUUUCCUGGGGAUGCAUAUAAUAAGGCAAGGAAAGAAUUGGACCCCAACAGGAUCCUUUCUAACAACAUGCUGGAAAAGCUGUUCCCACUUUUGGAAACAAAUUGA